GCUCGCGGAUGGAGUACUGGAGUUUCGGGUCGCGAGGAGCUUCAAAGAUCAAACUAUGGUCAUUGGUGCCCUUCGUUCAGUGCAGAACAAUCCAGCCAACAUCCUGGAGAAAGGAAACAAACGGAUCGACCAAGAACCUACAUCCCAAGUGCAAUACCAUGAUUCACAAGGACAGUCGAUAUUGCCCUUGGAUAAGAGCCAUGAGGUUAAUAAGACUUACAUUGUGUCAGCUAGUAAAAGAACUCUAGGACCUUCUAUACCAUCCAAGCCUGAAGGUAGGCUAACCCUUCAGAGAAGAAAAACUGUUGACAGAGGAAAUCCUAGUAUUCAUGAUGAUGUUAUUAGAAAUGUUGAUUCAAGUGAAGGAGAAAGAAGACUUACAUUGCAACGUCGUACUAAGGGGGGUAACUUGGAAAGAGGAAUUGGUAUUUUCAAGGAAAAUGCAGAAAGUCUGACACAAAAUGUCACAAUGCAGGCAUCAAAUAACCUUUUGCAAACCAAAGGCACCAAUUCCAAGGGUUUUGUAUCUUCCAGUCUCUCAUUAAUGCAAAAUGUUGGAAUUGCCAGAAUCAAUCUUUCUGCAGCUGCAAAGCCAACUUCAAUUGGCAGGAAACAGGAAAAUUCAACAACUUCUUCCUAUCGGUCAACUUCAGUCACGACUAUUAACAAAGUGCAUACCUCCACCAAUCCAUCAAUAACACCUGUCAAAAGGAUGGUAUCUGGCAAAUCUGAUGACAGCCAACGAAAGCCAGAGGCAAAGCCUUUUAAAAUGUCCUCCAAGCAGAAUGUAGAUAGAAAUGAAAUGUUAAAAACAGAUGUAACUAAAAUAAUGAAGCUUGUUAAUCAGCAAGAAACUAAAAAUCAAAGUAAUUUUGUUAAAUCAAUGGCCAGAGACUUCCAAAAAAAACAACGGACAAUGGAAUCUGGGAUCAAUAACUGUAUAUGUUCCAUAAAUACAGUCGCAGAUAAUGGAGAUCAAAAACCACUAAGAAGUGGAGUGGUUACAAGAGGAACUCUAAGGCAAAUGGAGAUAUCAUCAACGAGCCUAUCUGCAGGGAAUGAAUGUUUAACUGGAGUAGACAGUGCUGUGACUGUGGCUGUUCGAGUGAGACCUUUCAGUGAGAGGGAAAAAAAUGAAAAUCCACAGCAAGUAAUAUUCAUGCAAGGACAGGACACAAUUGUGCAACACCCAGAAACAAAUCGCACUUACUCUUUUACUUAUGACUUUUCCUUUUGGUCAUUUGAUGGGUUACAUUCUGAAUUUUCAAGCCAGGAAGCUGUAUAUAAGAACAUAGGAUUGCCGUUGCUAGAAAAAGCCUUUGAGGGGUACAACACAUGUCUGUUUGCAUAUGGCCAGACUGGUUCUGGAAAAUCAUACACGAUGAUGGGCUUCAGUGAUGAGGGGAUAAUACCGAGGUUCUGUGAACAGUUAUUCACCGAAGUAGCAAAAACUGAACUGCAACAGGUCACCUACCAUAUUGAAAUGAGCUAUUUUGAAGUCUACAAUGAGAAAAUUCAUGACUUGUUGGUUGGUGGGAAUGCAAAGAUGCAAGCAAAGCAAUCUCUCCGAGUAAGAGAACAUCCAGUCUUUGGACCCUAUGUGGCCGAUCUUUCUUUGAAUGUUGUUACCUCUUAUGCAGAUGUUCAGGGUUGGCUGGAGCUAGGGAAUAAGCAGAGAGCUACUGCAGCCACAGGCAUGAAUGAAAAGAGUUCCAGGUCUCAUUCGGUCUUCACACUCAUCAUGACACAGACCAAGACAGAAUUUGUUGAAGAGGAGGAACAUGAACACUGUGUGACGAGCAAAAUAAAUCUCGUGGAUCUUGCAGGAAGUGAACGAUGCUUUACAGCUCAGACUAGUGGUGAUAGACUAAAGGAAGGUGUAAGCAUAAACAAAUCUCUCUUCACCUUGGGAAAGGUUAUAUCUGCACUUUCAGAAUAUUUUCAGGCUAAGAAGAAAGUUUUUAUACCUUACAGGGAAUCAGUGCUAACAUGGUUACUGAAAGACAGUCUUGGUGGCAAUUCAAAAACAGCUAUGAUAGCUACCAUCAGUCCAUCUGCUUCUAAUGUGGAAGAGACUCUUAGUACGCUUAGAUAUGCCAAACAGGCUCGUCAGAUUAUCAACGUCGCAAAAGUGAAUGAGGACUCGAAUGCAAAAUUGAUCAGAGAUCUGAAAUUAGAAAUUGAGAAGUUGAAAGCUGCCCAGAUGAGUAGCCAAGGAAUUCAGUCUGAGAGGUAUAAAGCAUCCCAAAAAGAAAUAAAAGCCCUGAAGUUGAAGCUCAAUCAACAGGAGAAGGAAAUGGCAGAAGCACAAAGGAGAUGGAGAGAGAGGUUGGAUGAAGCAGAAAAGCGAAAACUUGAGGAAGCAAAGGAAUUGCAGAAAGCUGGAAUCACUUUUAAAGUGGAUAACAGUUUGCCAAAUCUAGUGAAUCUCAAUGAAGAUCCCCAGAUUUCAGAGAUGCUCCUGUACAUGAUAAAGGAAGGCCAGACAAGAGUGGGAAAGCAAAGACCAAACUCAAAGCAUGAUAUCCAGCUUUCUGGGGCACUCAUCGCUGAUGAUCACUGUGUCAUAAGAAACGUAAAUGGCACUGUUAGUAUUGCUCCAAUUGGAGAUGCAAAUACUUACAUCAAUGGAAACCUUAUAGCAGAUUCGAUAGUGCUACAUCAUGGGGACAGAGUGAUUAUGGGUGGUGAUCACUACUUUAAAUUUAAUCAUCCACUGGAAGUUCAGAAUGGACGAGCAUCUUCUGGGAGUGCACUAUUUGGAGAUGGUCCCAAAGAUUUUGAAUUUGCAAAAAAUGAACUUUUACAAGCUCAACAGGCAAGACUUGAAGUUGAAAUUGAAGAAGCACGAUUACAAGCCAAAAAAGAAAUGAUGCAGGGGAUCCAAGUUGCAAAAGAAAUGGCUCAGAAGGAGUUAUCUAGUCAAAAAUCACUGUAUGAGAAUAAAAUAAAAGAACUGGAAAAGGAAUUGGUGAAGGAAAGCCAAAAAAAUAUAGAAAUUGAGGAGCUGCAGAAUGUAAAAAAACAGCUUAAACAAGAGAUGCAAGUAAAUAAGCAACUUGAACAAGCGGUGGCAGUGAAUAGGAAGCGAUUGGAGCUGGAAGCCUUAGCAACCAAACAGGCUCUAGAAGAUCAUAAUAUACGCCAUGUAAAAUUUCUGGAUGCUCUGGAGGCAGAGAAGAGAAAGAUGACAAAAGAUUUGGAAAGAAUGCAGAAGGAACAAAGAAAGAGACAGGAGACUCAAAAUAAUACUUUAUGUAAAGAUAAUUCCUACUGGAGGUCCAUGAAGCUUUCAAUGAUGAUCCAGGAAGCUAACACUAUUAGCAUCAAUCUGAGAAAGCACACAGUUUUCAGUAGGCAUGAAGAGACUGAUAAUGAAAAUAAAAGCAUCCAAACUCCAAUUCGGGUGCAGGUUAAAAAUACUAAACUGGGCAUAAGCACGUUCUGGAGCCUGGAAAAAUUUGAAUGCAAAUUAAUAGCUAUGAGGGAACUUUAUCAGCAGGACAAUACACAUCCUGGAGAUGAAGACCUUUUUUAUGACCCGAAUGAUGACUGGGAAACUGAUUUAACCUCCUCUUCUACUUUAUCUAGAAGACGAAGUAGAAGCAUUUUCAAAAGCAAAAGAAUGUCUGGAUGUUUAGCAGGAAUCCAAGCUUUAAGCGUUCAGAAUCUGCAUUCUGCACAUUCAACAGAUUUGCUGAACGUUUCUCAGAGUGUAAUAUUAGCAGGGUCGGAGUCGACACUGCCUGCUGUUUGUAAGCAACUUUUAGGGGAAGCUGUUGAUUUUCUGGGCAGAAGUUAUUUAUCACAGGAGAGCAUUCCAGUCAGACUUAUCACUGACCUCCUAACUAUUCACAAAUGGAUGAUGGAAAUAUCUCAAUCCUACCAACAGCUAGAUGAAGAAAGUCAACAAAGCUUGUUCACUAAUAAUCGAGCCAUGCAGACUUAUUGUGUCAGAACCACAUCUGUUUUUGAAAGGAUCACGAUUUUACUGAAGUUGUGGAUUGACACUGUCCCAAAAGACAAUUGCUUUGGGAUCAUUGAAGAUGAACUGUUUGGGGAAGUUAGGACAUUGGGUAGAAAUUUACAAUUAUUAUUGCAGGGCUGUGAUUCAGACAUUUCUUCCAUGGUAAUGGAAGCUGAGAACAAAAUAAGCCAAACAAUUAGAAGACUUGUAAAGCACAUAGGUCAUUUGGCAGCAUUCAUGAGCAUGGAGCUGAAUUUUGACGAAGAGAACACAGAUGAUUCACCCAGUUACAAAAGGAGUGUUAUGACCUGCCUUUUUGAAGGAGUAGAAUCUGGAAUGGAAAGUCUCUUGGAUGCUGGUCUAAAAAAUAUCAAGGACCAUCAGAAGUUGUUGCAAAGACCAUCAUCAAAGUUGGAGGUAUUUGAGAAAUUAAAGAAGUGGAGCAUGGCUUUGUCGGUGUCAAUACAAAACUAUCUCAUGGAACUUAAAAAGAAGAUGGGUACUCUAAUCAAGGAACGUCCAACUUGGCACCCAAGCUCCAUAAAGAAUUUGAGCAAUGUUUGUGGUGAAUUGGUGGAGUUUAAUAAAAGUUAUAACAAGAUGUACCAUAUGAUGACUUCUGUGUUGAGAGGUGAAAAUGAAGUCAAUGACCAACUUAAUAAGUGCAUAGAAAUGGUUCGUUCCUCAGCAAUGAAUGUGGCUGGUAAAUUUGAUACACUCUGGACUUUCUCAUUUGAUGAAGUGAAAGCAUCUUAUAUUAGAGAAAACAAAAUGGACAAGAAAGGACCUCAGUUAGUGAUCAGUGAAGUAGAGCUGGCUGCCAGCUCACUCCUUGACUUAAUUGAAUCUCUCCAGAAUGAAAAAGCAAAUUCUGGCUGUGCUGAUAGCAAUGAAAAAAUCAAGGCUUCCACAAAUGUUCACUCUGGCACCUUGUAUAGUAGAGGAGUUAAGAAAAUUGUAUACACACUCCAAGGAACAGCUCCAACUUCAGAGGAACCUUCACCACAAGCUGUACAAUGGGUUUAAUAGAUUCAUGCAAAGUUAUCUUAAGAAUUUUGCUUAACUGUAAUUAAUUAAAAUUGUUCUUUCAUUGAUCUUAGUAUGCUCUCUAGGUACUCUAUUUUAUAACCGAGAAAAAGAAAAUACUUUUGUCUUGGUUCUCUCUUUGGCCUGCUGCAAACCUCAAACGAAAAACACUGGUAGAUAAUAUAUUCCAGGUGCUUUACUAUUGUUCUUCAACUAGCAAGAAAGCCUUCGAGUGACCUGAGGUAAUAAUGUACUUCAGAUCUACUCCUUGGUUCUUCCACUUGUUUAGGUGGUUAGAAUUGGAAGUUGACUCAAUAAUGUCCUAGAGAGAGAGACUUGCAUCAUUUGGGUCUGGGUCAGUGCUGUGAUGGUCUUGGGUCACAUACCACACAUUCAGAAACCUUUGAAGGAAAAACAAUUCUUUUGAUCUAGGACGAUAAUGGUUUGGAAAAGUUCUAAACACCAUGUAACUUGCUGGAUAGCAAUCAAAGAUUAACUUCCUGCUUUUACUGAUAAUUACUUAGUUGAAAAUUUAGAUUCAAAAUUGACUUCCAAGCUCAUACCCACUUCUCCCAAACUAAAAUUAAAAGUACACAAACAAAAUCCAGUUUGGAGCACCAAAUCUCAGCAUGAACAGUCCAAAAGAAUUGGAUCUUGCGGAAUCACAGUCAUGAAUCACCCCAGGGAGAUGACCUGGGGUGUGCAGUGAGAGAGAGACUCACUGAAAUCCUUGGAGAGGGAGGAAGAGAGAUUCUUCAAGGAAGGCAUCCUUGCAAGAGGAAGGAGUCAUGCAAGAGGAAUCACAGUCAUGUCUUCCAGCAGCUUUCAGUAUUGAAAGCUCAUAACAUUAUCACCUGAGAUUUCCACAGUGCUGACACUAUUAAUCUAGAUAAAAAACAAAAAUGAUACAGCGUGUGUCUACCUUGGUACCAAAAAUAAAUUUUCAAAGAAGUUGUUGUUAAUGAGAUGUGACUAUCUUCCUUGAAACCCAUAUUGUACAAUCCUGCUCUAUUUCUUGAACUAAAAACAAAAUCAUUGACAUCAUGGAUUUGCAUGCUGAACAUUUCUUAUAAUGCAGUCUCAUGGAAUAACAGGUACUUUUUUUUGUCAUAAAGUCAUUGCAUGAAAUGAACUUGGUACAUCUCAAAUUAUUGCCAGGGCCAACAUUGUUUGUAAUAUGCAAUCUCUGAAAGUGGUUAAUACAGCAAAUUAGAAUAUGAACAUUGGUGCUGUUGUGUGGUGGGCUAACGUGCAUUUUCCAAAGCAACGUUAAGGGAGCUCUACUCAGUGGAGUGGCAACCCGAGUCUUAAAGAUUGUAACUGAGUGUCAAGAUAUAAUGCGUCCCACCAUUAAUAUUCUUCCUCUUGGUAAACAGGAAAUUUAUCUUAUUUAGAAUGCCAUGCUCUGUAUGAUUUUUUUGAAGUCAAAAAAAAGCACAAUAUGAUGAGUAUGGAUUUUAAAUGAAUUUAAACUGGCUAUGCAGUUCAUGUUUUCUAUUUUGUCGGCAUUGAACUAUAGAAAGUGCAUAUGGUGAGACACUGCUAUGCAGGCAUUAAAGGAGCUUACAACUGAGCAAUUUAUCGGUCAGGAAAUAAUAAAAGUAAAUGGGAUAAAGCAAUAAUUUAUAAUAGCAAUAAGGACAAUGUCAUGUAUUUGCACCACAACAUAUGCAUGUUGACUUUACAGAUCUGUAUUCAAAAAGUGCCUUGUUUCUUUAUGAUCAUGUAAUUCUAAGUACAGGGAAG